UCGUCAAAAUUGAUAUGGUAUUAAAAAAAUUAAAAUAUAAUAAUUUACAGUGCUAUUACGUCAAUGCCACAAAAAUCAUCAAUAACUAUGUCAUUAAUACUCCACCAUAAUGAACAAAAAUAAGUCCAUGUUCUACUUAGUGUACCAAUUAUAAUAAUAUGUGAGUCAAUUCACGGUCGUUAACAAAAAUUUAAUUACCUUCUUAAUUUGAUAAAUCUGUCAUAAAAUAUAAAUUUCAGUGGAUAUUAUCUUAUUAUUUAUUCGAGAGUGAACGAUUGAGCACAUACCAGUAAUUGAAAUUGUUUUGAAAUAUUUCCAUAAAAUGGAUAAUACCGCUGAAAGUACUACCAUAGAAUCCAAUAAUAAAGACUCAUGGUUAACAUUCUUUGCCGUAAAAAUUUUUGAAUUCAUAUUGCUAGGGGGCAUUCUAGGGAUAAGUUUUGUUUUUCGAUCUUAUGAAGAUGCUUUUCCAUGGACUUAUCUAGUUAGUGGAAUAGAAAUAGGAUAUUUUAUCAUAAUUUCUGUUUUACUUCUUAGUGGAUUUUGUAAAAUUCGUGCCCAUCGAAGUAUGCAUGGACUUUUUAAUUUCAUUGGAUUUGCUUCAUUUGUCGCAGCAGGAGUCAGAGUAAUUUAUUAUUAUAAAAUUCAAUAUGACCUUGCUGCAGAAUCCUUUGCCGAAACCGGGUUCAACUUAAAUUCGUUGGAAACUAAAAAAUCAUUCAUACUAGGAUUUACGAGAGGAUCUAUGGACAUCGUUGAAGGACUAAUUUUACUAACUGAUUUAUUUCUUGUCUUCAAAAAAUAUUAUUAGUUAUUUAUAAUACAAACACUGAAAGCUUAUGAAUAAUU